ACCAAGUCAUCCCCCCCACAUCCUUCACGUCGCCUCAGUCUGCACUCUUCGCACUACACUCCUUGCUGCUCAUCACUGCCGCCGUGGUGCACCUCUCCACUAACACGAUAGCUACAUAGCCCUAGCUGGCUCAGACCAUAGACAGCCAUGGCUGCCGCAAAGAAGGAAGGCAUGAUCUUCAAGGCUACCUAUAGUGGUGUGCCAGUAUACGAAUGCAUCAUCAAGGGUGUCGCGGUGAUGAGAAGGAGGGCAGAUGGAUGGAUCAAUGCUACACACAUUCUCAAGGUCGUCGGACUGGACAAGCCUCAGAGGACACGCGUUCUGGAACGAGAUGUCCAAAAGGGAGACCAUGAGAAGGUGCAGGGAGGCUACGGAAAGUACCAAGGUACAUGGAUCCCGCUCCCGGCUGCUAUUGAGCUGGCCAGGAACUACAACAUGUCCAACCUCUUCGACCCUCUGACUUCAUACGUUCCCUCUGCCGAGUCACCUCCACCCGCGCCGAAGCACAUCGUAGCCGCCUCGAGCAGAAGCAAAAAGCCCAACCCGGUUCUAGAGCGGGCUCGACGUGGGACUAGCAUAGACUCAGGCUCCCUUGGAUCAGGCAUGGGAGAUGGGACCGAGCGUAGCAUAAGCCCUGCCCUCUCCGACGUCAGUAGCUCUUCCCGCACCCCUAGCCCCAUCAUCACACGCGAACGCGGUCAGGUGCCAGAUGUCUUUGAUGACAGAGGCCUCAAUGGUUACACGGACGCCUAUGGAGUCGAAAUUUACGAUCAGAAUGGACAAGACUCGGCUGCAAGGUAUUCCGAACUAAUUCUGGACUACUUCAUCUCCGAGAGCACUACAGUACCCUCGCUGCUCAUCAACCCACCAGCGGACUUUGACGCUAAUAUGAGUAUUGACGACGAUGAGCACACUGCCUUGCAUUGGGCUUGUGCGAUGGGCAGGGUCCGAGUCGUGAAGCUUCUUCUCUCUGCAGGAGCAGACGUCUUCCGCGUCAAUGCAAACGGUCAGACCGCUCUGAUGCGGGCGGCCAUGUUCUCCAACAACUACGACCUGCGCAAGUUCCCUGAGCUCUUUGAGCUGCUGCAUCGCAGUAUCCUGAAUAUCGACCGCAACGACAGGACCGUCUUCCAUCACGUCGUUGAUCUGGCGCUGAGCCGGAACAAGGCGAAUGCCGCCAGGUACUACAUGGAAACUAUGAUCAAUCGACUGGCAGAGUAUGGCUCGCAACUGGCUGACAUCCUCAACUUCCGUGACGACGAAGGUGAGACGCCUUUGACAAUGGCAGCUCGAGCUCGGUCUAAGCGUCUGACUCGCCUGCUACUAGAGCACGGCGCCGACCCCAAGAUCCGUAACAAGGAGAACAAGAAUGCAGAAGACUACAUCGUCGAAGAUGAGAGGUUUAGAGCGAGCCCGACUCGAGGUGCAGACGGUACACCAGCUCUGGCCUCUUCCUCAACGCUCCACACCAGCGAAGCAGGCCAGCGCGCAGGUGGGCGAGCUGUAGCUCUCAUGACUAAUCUGCUGCAUUCUCUCGCAGACAGCUAUGACUCCGAGGUGUCUACAGUAGAGAAGCGUCUCUCACAAGCGCAGGGUCUGCUCCUGCAGAUCCAGGGCGAGAUUGCCGAAGGCACAAAGACGUACGACGGACUCAUUGCGCAAGCCGCCGCCUCGGAAGCCGAGCAGCGAGCGCAGGACGACGUGGAGCGUGCUCUGCGAGUGGGUCUGCAGAAGCGCUCACGCGAGGAAAUGGAAGCAGAUUGGAAGAUUGUCCAGGACGGUGUCAAGCGCGCUCGCCGUGAUGCUGGACUAUCCGAAGGGGAGCUCCUCGAGACGAGCGACGCGAAUGACAGUUCCACUUCGCUAUCCAAGACGCUCCUUGCACCAACUUCUUCCUCGGACGUGGAUGCAGAUCUGGAAAAGUUGCGCGAAGAGGUUGCCAAGCUCAAGCAGGAGCGGGGAGAGCUCCUAGAAAAGUUCAUCAGUACAGCCAGGGAGCAAGGAACAGGAAAGACAAUGGCAGCCUACCGUCGCUUGAUUGCCGGCGGGGUGGGCGGAAUCAACCAGGAUCAGGUAGACGCGGUGGUCAGCGCAUUGUGCGAUUUACUCGAGGAGGAAGCAAAGGCGGGUGGGCCGACUGGGGGUGGCGGUGCAGGGGUGGGCAAUGGUGCGGGAGGCCUAGCGGCAGGACAGAGGCUCAUGGCAGGAGCUCCUUCUGCUGUGCCCAAUGGUGCUGGAGGUCCACCUGGAGCCGCCGUUGCUCAUUGAAGAUGCUCUCCUGCUCUACAUUAAAAAGAGCCGUUUCGUGCUCUCCCUAAUCCACUUGUCCGUCUUGCCCGGCCUACGCCAUGUCACCUCACCCACACGUCCCUUUUGUCCAAUGUAUCGUACCAAAAGUAGACUGCUUACCGCUCCUUGGCC